AGACCUGCCUGCGUGGCUAGGGUGGCUCUCUCGGCUCCGGGCGGCGGGUGCCGUGAGGGUCAACCGAGGCAAGCCGAAGGGCGCGGAACUGAGAGAAGGUGAGUCAGGCACUGUCUCAGCGAUAAACCAAAGCGGGGCCCACGGCAUAGGUCUGAAUUAGGUAAGUGUGGUCCGGACCGCAGGCUGUUCGUCGCCUCCCGGAAUCUUAGCAUCAGCGGGAGGAGGGUGAGGAGGAGCCCGAGCCCGUAUCCUGCAGCGGUUCUCGCCCUCGGCGCCCCGUCGCCCUUGCCACCAUGCAGUGUCUCCAAGAAGCCCCGCGCUCUUCCGACUGGCCUGCCCGCGUGACGCGAGGCGGGCCAAAAUGAUUUCUACGCUCUUGGUGUCGGCCUUUCUCACGGGUCCGGAGGAGCUGAAGGACACGGCGCAUUCUGCAGCCCUGCUGGCACAGCUCAAGUACUUCUGCGAGGCGCGGCUGUUCUGUGAGAGCAUCGAGGUGGUGACGCCGGGCGUUGGGCCGGGCACGGGCCGGCUCUUCUCCUGCAACCGCAACGUGCUGUCCGCUGCGUGCCCCUACUUCAAGAGCAUGUUCACGGGCGGCAGGUACAAGAGCCAGCAAGUGAGCGUGACCAUGCACGGUGUGGAUGCCGAGUCUUUCGAGGUAUCGGUUGACUCUUGCUACACGGGUCACCUGUCCUUGAGCGAGGCCAAUGUGCAGCACCUCUACGCGGCUUCCGAUAUGCUCCAGCUAGAGUAUGUGCGGGAAGCCUGCGCCUCCUUAGCCCACCACCUCAACCUAGCCAACUGCACCUCCAUCCUCAUGUUCGCGGAUGCCUUUGACCAUCAUAAGCUGCGAUCUCGGGCCCAGUCGUUUAUAGCUCACAACUUCAAGCAGCUCAGCCUGAUGGGUGCCAAUCGGGAGAAGACGGCAGAUCUGACCCUGGCCCAGCUGCUGGCUGUCCUGCUCCUGGAUAGUUUAGACAUAUAAAGUGAGAGGACUGUGUGCCGUGUGGCCCAGUGGUUGGAGGCCACUCCCAAGGAGCAGGGUCCUAGCACUGCCGAAGUCUUCCAGUGUGUCCGCUGGAUACACUUCACAGAAAAGGAUCAGGACUACCUGGAAGGACUGCUGACUAAGCCCAUUGUGAGGAAACACUGUCUGGAUGUCAUUGAAGGGGCCCUGCAGCUGCACUGUGGAGACAUGAUGUGUGAGAGUUUGGUACCAAAGCCAAAUAGUAGCAGUGGCUCUAUUGUGUCCUCAGCAGACAAUCCACCCCAGAAGAUGGGUAUAUGUGCCAAGGAGACGGUGAUCUUCUUUGGACACACCAGAGAUCCCUUUCUCUACUAUGACCCAUACUCAGGGGACACUUACACAAUGCAGUCACCUUUGACCAUCCCAACUCAUUCCAAGAGCAUUACCUCCUCUGUGGUCUGUGUCUCUCCAGACCACAACAUCUAUCUAGCUGCCCAGCCCAGGAAAGACCUCUGGGUGUAUAAUCCAGCCCAGAAUAGCUGGCAGCGGCUUGCAGACCACUUGCUGUAUGGGGAGAGCAUGGAUAUGGCAUACCUCAAUAGCUGCAUCUAUAUUUUGGGUGGGCAAAACCCCGUUACUGGAUUUAAAUUGAAUGAAUUGGAAUGUAACAGUGUUCAGAGGAACCAGUGGGCACUGGUGGGUCCUGUACCCUAUUCUUUUCUUUCCUUUGAACCUGUCGUGGUUCAGAACUAUCUUUAUGCUGUCAACAGCAAGCACAUUUUCUGCUAUAAUCCUAGCCACAAUAUGUGGCUGAACUGUGCUUCUCUUAAUUGUAGGGACUUUCAGGAAGCCUGUGCCUUCAAUGAUGAGAUCUGUUGUAUCUGCGAUAUUCCUGUCAUGAAGGUCUACAACCCAGCCAGGGGAGAAUGGAGGCGGAUUGGUAAUAUUCCUUUGAACUCAGAGAACUCCAACUACCAGAUUGUUAAUCAUGGCCAAAAGUUGCUGCUCAUCGCCUACAGCCUUUCACACUGGAAAAAGAAUCGGGUGACUGUGUACGAAUAUGACACCAGGGAAGACUGGUGGAUUAAUAAAGGCACCAAGCUGGGCCUCUUGCGUUUUGACUCUGGCUUUAUUUGCUUCAGUGCUCGGGUUUAUCCUUCCUGCCUCGAACUAGGUCAAAAUUACAUCACUGAUGAAUGUGAGGCACAGAGUGAGUCUAGUGAGUGGGACUUAGGCAGUGAACUGGACUCUGAGUCCGCAAGUUCAAGUUCUUUUUCUGAUAAUUAAGUCUGGGUGUGGAUAGUGCCUCAGUGA